AAAAAGGCCUUGUAUAACUGAACCUUUACAUUCCUUGAUUUAGCAGGUGCAGAAAGAAGAAAAGAAAAUUCGAAGCCCUCAAUUUUCUGUCUGCAUCUGUCUCUCUCUUCUUCAUCAUCACCAUCAAAACAAUUAAUCUCUCAUUUAAUUCCACGCACACAAAGGAAGAGAUUGAUAACACUAAAAGAAACAAGCAUCAAAUUAUGAGGUCGUUAGAAGAUGAACUUUUCCCAUCCACACCCGGAAAAGUGAAAAUUGAAAGAACCCAUACAAUAAAUCGUCAAUUCUAUAGAUGUUUUGCAUCAACCAGUACUAUGUUCUUAUGGGCAUUAUUUUUAAUAGCACUGACAGCUUCGUAUUUAAGUUUCCAGAGUUUUGUAGAUUCAGGAAGUCGUUAUUUCUCUGCUUCUUGGGGUGGUAUUCAAUGGGAAAAACAAGUUAGACAUUCUGCACAAAUUUCAAGAUCAGAUGAUAUUAGAAAUGGUGGUGGAAAAAUGUCUGUUUUAGUUACAGGUGCUGCUGGUUUCGUUGGUUCACAUGUUUCUCUUGCUUUAAAGAAGAGAGGAGAUGGAGUUGUGGGUAUUGAUAAUUUCAAUAAUUAUUAUGACCCAACUCUUAAGAAAUCAAGAAAGAAUCUUCUUAGCAAAAAUGGGAUUUUCAUCGUUGAAGGAGAUAUAAAUGAUGCAAAAUUGUUAGCUAAGUUAUUCGAUAUCGUUGCGUUUACUCAUGUUAUGCAUUUAGCAGCACAAGCAGGUGUAAGGUAUGCAAUGGAAAAUCCUAAUUCUUAUAUUCAUAGUAACAUUGCUGGUUUAGUUACUCUUUUAGAGACUUGCAAAUCCGCAAAUCCUCAACCUUCUAUUGUUUGGGCCUCAUCUAGUUCUGUAUAUGGGUUAAAUGAAAAAGUACCGUUUUCUGAAUCGGAUCGUACGGAUCAACCUGCUAGUUUAUAUGCAGCAACAAAGAAAGCCGGUGAAGAGAUUACUCAUACCUAUAAUCAUAUUUAUGGGUUGUCAAUUACUGGGUUAAGAUUCUUCACGGUAUAUGGACCAUGGGGAAGACCCGAUAUGGCUUAUUUUUCAUUUACCAGAAACAUACUACAAGGGAAACCAAUAACGGUUUACAGAGGGAAAAAUCUUGUUGAUUUAGCUAGAGAUUUUACUUAUAUUGAUGAUAUCGUGAAAGGUUGUUUGGGUUCACUGGAUACAUCAGGGAAAAGUACAGGAAGUGGUGGGAAAAAAACGGGUCCAGCUCCAUACCGGAUUUUUAAUCUUGGUAACACAUCUCCGGUUACGGUACCGACAUUAGUAUCGAUCCUUGAAAGACAUUUGAAAAUGAAAGCAAAAAAGAAUAUCAUCGAUAUGCCUGGUAAUGGUGAUGUACCAUUUACUCAUGCUAAUAUAAGUUCGGCAACCGAUGAAUUUGAUUACAAACCUACCACUGAUUUGCAAACAGGGUUGAAGAAAUUCGUUAGAUGGUAUUUAUCAUAUUAUGGUUAUAAUCAUGGAAAACCUAUAAACUAAAUUUCUUCUUUUUCUUUUUCAUUAGAAAAUAUUGAAAAGGAAUGAAAAAAAAAACGGAUUAUUCUUUUCUUGGGAGAGCAGGGAAACACACGCUUUAUAGUUUAUUCCUCCCUGUCUUUCUCUCUAUUUGUAGUUCUUUUUUUCUCCUUUUGUGUAAUUGUAACAAAUGUAAUGAUGAAAACUUUUAUUUUGGAAAGAUUUGAAAGUUUUUGGUUUCUAA